CGAGGAGCCGGCGAGCGCGCGGCCUGCCGUUGGCGGCCUGGUUCGCCGCGCUUGGCGUCCACCCGCCCCACAGGUGGGGCCCAAGCCCCCGGGAAGAUGGUGUCCUGGAUCAUCUCCAGAGCCGUGGUGUUGGUGUUUGGAAUGCUUUAUCCUGCGUAUUAUUCCUACAAAGCUGUGAAAACAAAAAACGUGAAAGAAUAUGUUCGAUGGAUGAUGUAUUGGAUUGUUUUUGCUCUCUAUACUGUGAUUGAAACAGUGGCAGAUCAAACAGUUGCUUGGUUCCCCCUGUACUAUGAGCUUAAGAUUGCUUUUGUCAUAUGGCUGCUCUCUCCUUAUACCAAAGGAGCAAGUUUAAUAUACAGAAAAUUUCUUCAUCCACUUCUUUCUUCAAAGGAAAGGGAGAUUGAUGAUUACAUUGUACAAGCAAAGGAACGAGGCUAUGAGACUAUGGUAAACUUUGGACGACAAGGUUUAAACUUAGCAGCUACUGCUGCUGUUACCGCAGCAGUGAAGAGCCAAGGAGCAAUAACUGAACGUUUAAGAAGUUUCAGUAUGCAUGAUUUAACAACUAUUCAAGGUGACGAGCCUGUGGGACAAAGACCAUACCAGCCUCUACCGGAUGCAAAAAAGAAAAGUAAACCAGCAUCCAGUGAAUCAGCAGGGUAUGGAAUUCCACUGAAAGAUGGAGAGGAGAAAACAGAUGAAGAAGAGAACGGGCCAUACUCAGACGAUGAGAUGUUAACACACAGAGGACUUCGAAGAUCGCAAAGCAUGAAGUCUGUGAAAACCACCAAAGGUCGCAAAGAGGUGCGGUAUGGGUCACUAAAAUAUAAAGUGAAGAAGAGACCACAGGUGUACUUUUAGCCAUCUGUGCUUCAAGAGUCCCAAGACAAAUUAUACUAAUACAUCAACUUCAUUUUCUAACAUUAUAUAUUCAGGAUUUAUACAUUAGUUCUUUAAAUUGUGGCGGUGAUAGGGUUUACUUUCAUCACUUUAAGUAGUUUUUAUUUCUUUAACAAUCACUUCCAAAUCUUGACUACUAAAGGUAGUUAUGUAAAGUUUAUUAAUAUGUAUAUCGAAAAUUAUCAAAACUCAUGUUGUCUGUUUUAAAUUCACCAAUAACGUUGAGUGUCUGGAAUAUAAAAUGAAAAGCAAACCCACAGUAUACUUGGGAAGAGUAUUUUUGUGGUUCAGGAUACAUCAGCCUUUAUGGUAUUGUCUUAUAGUUUACCCGUAUUUAUGUUAUAUACAUCACAUGAAGGUAGUAACUAAAUAGACCUCCAACCCAUCAGCAAUGUAACAAGGGCAUAAUGCAAGAUGAUAAAGUAUGUUUUAUAUAUUCUCUAAAGUUUUACCUUUAUAACCCUUUCUGGAUUUUCCACCAUCAACAGAAAGUUUUUAAGCAAGUAUUUCAAAACCAGGUAUCCACAUUGCACUUUUAUUCCUAAAUAGUUUUGCACACUUGAAGACUGUUUACUUAUAUUAUGGCUGUACAUUUAUUUUAAAUAUUACUGACACUAUCUUAUUGUUGUUUAUCACGGUUUGAAAUGUCACAUUAAUGCCUUGAAUUACAUCAUCUCUUUUCCCGUGGGUUUCAUUUGUUAAAUUUGUUUGAUUUUAGUAAUACGAAAAUACAGCUAAUUGUUCGAUUUUAACAAUUUUUAAUUACCUCCUUUACAAAUAAGAAAUGAUUUUAAACAUUAACCAAUUUUACAUACUUAGCUGUACAUUGUAGUUGAAUUUAAGAUGUUUUUGUUAACAUUGGUUACAUUUUCAGCUUUUAAAUGGCAGCUUGUGAAAUAGAGUCAGACGUAGGUAUAGCACUUAGGUUUCUUCUAGCUCACGGCUUUGCCCAACAGCCAACCCACUUCACAAGCCCGGCAUCAGAUGUGCCGCAGGCUUACAAACCUGGCAUUAACCAGAAUCGUUUGAAUCACUUCUCUCCUGGCUGAAAUAAUUUCCUGAAGUUGAGUGCCAACGCAAAAUACAUAUGAGAAACAAUUAGAAAAAUAUAAUUUUUUUUUUAAUCUAAGGGAUUUUGAGUUAUUGAACUUUGAGACUCUUAGAUUAAUUACAUUGGUAACUAUGCAUUAUGAACCCUAAGUGAGUAUAUUUUGGGUGAUGGUUUUAGUGAUCGGUAAUCAAAUUUGUGCAAUUAUGCUUACUCAGAUAAUUUACUUAUCUGUUCUACUUGUUUGUCCAAAAGAAAAAAAAAGUGAGAAAGAUUUGUGGGAUCUUGAUCUUUCUACCUUUUAAGAAAUGAAGCCAGCUGGUAAUGUAUAUUCAGGACCUCUUCAGAGUAUUAACUGAGAAGAAAAUGUUUCCUCAGGAGUACCUUAGUAUAGAAUCGACUCAAUAGCAACUGUUUAUUUUAUUUUAUUUAGGAUAAUUCAUACAUUGCCUUUUGAUCCUGGCUUUAAAAUAUUUUCUAGCUUAUCUCAUUCUUGAUACAUAACACCAAGUAAAAAUUCAUUCAAUUUCUUUUCCCCUCAAGUUUAACUCUGUGAAUAACUUUAUCAGCUUUACCUUGACUAAUUUUUCGCCUCUUAGUUUCUGGAAAAACUCCUUAAUUUCUGUUCAAAAUUCCUGUAGUAAUUUUUCGUUAUAAACUCUUGGAAGAGAGUUUUAUCUAUAUUGCCUAGAUCUAGCCUUUUCAGUAGGAGUCCCUGGGUAGUGCAAACAGCCAAUGCACUCGGCUGCUAACCAAAAAGGUUGGACGUUCAAGUCCACCCAGAGACACCCCAGAAGAAAGGCCUGGGGAUCUACUUCCAAAAAACAGCCACUGAAAAACCCUAUGGAGUGCAGUUCCACUCUGACCCACAUGGGGCCACCGCGAGUCACAGACUACUCGAUGGCAGCUGGCUUUAGACGUCUCAAUAUAAAUGCUCGCUAGCGUGCUAUCUUUUCUGCAAAAAGGCAGUGUCAUCUCAAAUUGUGUGAUGAGAUAAUGAGAGUGACUUUGUAUCAAGAACAGUAUCUGUGGGGGCUGAUUUACACCAUUGUAUCUUUUUCAAGUCUACUCUCCGUAUCAAAUCUUUAAUCAUAGUAAACUCAUAAAUACUAUUUUUAAUUGGAGCAAUUAUCGCUCUACAUUUCUAGAAUCAAAAUAUUUCAUCAAACGUAACACCAGUCAGGAAGAGGUAGUGCAAGUCUUGUUUAACUCUGUGCCCUUCACACUUCACAAUGCUUCUUGAUAUAUUUUUGUGGCAUCCUUCUGCACAUUUGAUGUCAUUUUGGUGUUCUGUCAUUUCCUCUUUCUCCUCUUCUCUCAUGGCUUAAAUUUUAGUUCUUCUCCCUCAUGUGUGUUUUAGCAUGUCAUUUCCUUUGUACUUUGUAUACAGGCUUAUAUACUUUAUUUUCUUCUAAGGCAGGGUAGCUCUUUUGCCUUUCUCUCUUUUUAAGUCUCCCGGUUUUAAGAGAAGUUAAGUUAUCCCUAGAGCCACAGUGCCUUGCUUUCCCCCCACCAUUUCUUGCAUGGGCAUCACAUCCACAAGCGUAUUUAUGAUCCUGUUUGGUAGCCAGUUAAUGUAUCUAGAAACUGUAGCUGGUGUUUUGUUUUAUUUUAUUAUAUAGUCUUUCAACUUGUUCAUUAAUAUUAGCUAUUUCCAGAGUUUGUUUAGAAGUAAAAAUUGAUCCAUUCUUUACCAUACUUAUUCUGGUAUGAAAAUGAGCCAGAAGCAAGCUUCAAUGCUAAGUAAUUAAUUAUAGUAACCCACCUAAGUCCUGCGUAAGGUCCCCUCCAUACACUUCACUGUAUAUAUGGAUUUUGGCAAGAAAGUGAUACUGCCAGCAUUUUUUCAUAAUAAAUACUUGACUACACUGAUGGGUAGAACAAAAUUAUUAUUAAAGUGUUUUCAGGGAACAUAAUCCAUAUGUCACCACCAAAGAUUUCUGCAGUAUUAUAAUGUAAAUAUUCCAAAUUUCUGUAAAAUCUUGAUUGGAUAAAAUGUGUUUUUCUACCUUUAUUUUAUUUUGUCCUGAAAUAACACAGUUUGUGCUUUUGGAAAAUGCUUGAAAUUUUGUGUUGUUAAAAAAACACUACUAUCUUAUAUUGCAUAUCAGUAAUUUAUAUUUUUAAUUGGAAUGGACUAAAUUUUCGUCUCAAUUAUCUUUUAUCAGGAAAAUUAAGGAAGUAUUAUGUAAUUGAAAGCAAUUUUCUCUGUUUUCUCUGGUGUUGGUAGGUUCAUUUGCAAAGCAGUUAGGUAAAUUUUGAGAUCAUUGUUAUUGUGGGAUACUGUGUAUCCCACAGUAGAUUAAAAUUUUCUGAAAAGAAAGUACAGCUUUUUUCCCUUAAGCGUUUUUUAACAUUUAAUCUUGUACUAGUAUCUUGCAAAUUUAAUGUAUAUUAACUGUUUAUUUUUUAAACACUGACCAUAACGUUUUCUCUUCUAACACCUUUUAAAUCUGUUAACUUUAACAAUUAAGAAAAAAGUUUUAUAAACUGUUAAUCCCUUUGUAAAGGCUGUAUCUUUAAGCCCAGAAUGUGGAUGAUUUUACAAGUGUGUUUUUUGAAAACUUUAAUAUGAAAAUAAACUCAUUUUAUUAGUGGCAACUUGUUUUUUUUUUUUUUUUUUUCUUGUGUCAGAGUACAUAUGUUGGAUUCCAUGAAUUGGUAUUAUUUAUUACUGAGUAUGUCUUGAUUAGUUAAUGGACAACAUAUGUACAAAUUACAGAGCAAAUUAUAAAAAUCACAUACUUUCUGGAAUGCUCAUCCAUAGGAUUACAAAAGAAACACUGAAUUGUUAAAUUUCAAUGUUGGAAAGACAGGAACAGCAAUAGCAUAGACACCCUAGCCAUCCAUUAGGAUUGGUUAACUGUCUCAGGCAUAAAAUAGAACACAAAAUUCACAUUUACCUAUCCCAGGAAUGUUCUGGGCUUCCAUCUGUUUUAAAGUCAGACAUUUGUCUGUCUCACAUUUAAGCUUUAGAAAGAAAUCCUAUUUCUACAAAAAUUUCUUUGUAUUCCUUCAUUAUGACAUAACCCAGUAAAAUAUUGCCAGGCAGCAUUUAAAAUGGCUUUAUAUUUUCAUUUUUAUUAUGGGGCGUAUCUUUGCGAUGGUUCAGACAGGUUAGAAAUGUAAAUAAAAACUCGAAAGAACACAAUGAAUACAUGAACCGCAGCAUUUUUUUCAGUGUUUUAUUCGCCCUUUAAGUGGUUGACUGUUCCUGAGAAAGAUUUAUGGAAUGAAAAUCCUGUCAGAGACUGAUUCAGUGUUCCCUGGAAAACAUUCUGCCCUCUCUUACCUACCCGUCAAUAAUCUAGCCUUGAGACACCCUCCUCAUAAUCUGGCUGUGGUAAUGUUUUUAAAAUUGAUUUUGUAUAAGAUAAUGCUUUUAAUUGAAUUUUUAAAGCACAAGAUUGGUAAUUGUAAGUGUAGGUUACUAGAUAGACAGUACUCAACAAAAGCAGGAUAAUCACCACGCUCACUUUUUGUUUUACCUGGCAAUCCCAGAUAAAGGGCAAGGGGAAGGAGGAAGGAAGGUAUAGUAUUUUGGCAUUGUGUAUAAAUCAAAUUAACAUGAAUAUUUUUUCAUUCAAAAAUAUUCAUUGAGUGCCUACUUUGUACAAUACACCAUAUGUUUCUGCACAAUACCUACACCCAAGUAGGAAAGCAUAGCAAUUAAUUUAAGAUAAAUCAUUCUUGCUUUUAAAAAGUGGGCUCACUGUUACCAAAUCAAUUUUUGGAUUAUUUGAGUAUUAUUUAUACUUGGAUUUAUUCUAGGUUAUUAAAUAGUUUACUUGGUUUCUAUCAGAUUUUUUUUCUUUUCUUUUUUUUUUUCCCCCUUAAAUCCUGAUUCUCUUCUUUCCCUUACAUUCUAUGUCCAAUACAUUAGUUACUCCUUUGGGGUCUUUCCAAACUACAUGCCGAAUCUGACCAUGUAACUCACUCCGCUGCAACUUUCCCUAGUUCAGGUCACAUCAUCUCGCGCCUGGAGUAGUCAGAGCAUAACUUUUAUUUAAGGCAGAAUUUCUUGAAACAUUAAUAGUCUUGCAAAUUUGUCAAGAUGACUCUUAAACUCAGGUCCCCUAGGAUCCUCACAGGGUCUCAUCUUUAAAACUGGUGUCUUUAGGGAAUACUUAUUUCAAAAAAGGAUUGUGGGAGAGAAGGGAGGUGAAGAGAGGUAGAUGCUUUUGAAUAUCAGCCUUGGAAGAGAAAAGCAAUGCUGAGAAUAGGACCAGGUCGAUGAAUAGAGGAGUUGAGGAAGCCAGGGUAGAGUGGCUGGCUGAAUUCUGACAUGUUCUGACGUGGUGGCAUCUCAAAAUAUUGGGAAAUAGGUUGGGAUCUAUGUGGAGAUUUCUCCCUCAUCAUUGCUAGGCCUAAUUUAAGUUACUCGAAAUUUGAGGGCUACAAUAAUAGAUUAUGGUAGUGCCAGAAGUCAGUAGUAGUUAUCCUUAACAUUAAAUUCCAAAAGAAACUGUUUACCUUGAAAUACAAAGUCUUGUGACUAAUUCAGUAUGUAGAAAUGUACCAAUCCUGGGUUUUAUUAGUUUAUCUUAGAAAGCAAGGGAAUAUUGGAGCACAUGGUUGAUUUAGAAGAAGAAGAAUUGUACAUUACAAGGCUCCCGAUGCCCCUUGUAUUCAGUUGUGAUAACUAAUGUGUAUCUCAGUUUGUCUUCACAUUUUGGGAAGAGUUAAUCAUCCAUAUUUUACAAAUGGAAGACUCUAGGCUCCAUAGUGACCAACCUAGGGUGCAACCAUAAUCUUUGUGACUUCAGGCUCUGGGUUGCUAAUUCCACUAACACUAGGUUAUUUCUGAGAUCACAGGAUGCUUUAAAAGCUAACUGAGAAAUGAUUCGUACCAGGCUACCUAUGCAUUACACAAAAAUGUCACAUUUUUAUCAGAAGAUUAAAUGUAGGAAAAUUUUUGAGUCAUUUGAAGUUCAUAGUAGAUUUGGCUCUUAAAGUAGUAAGGGGAGAAAGGGUGCUUUCGAAAAGGAUAAAGAGAAUAAAGGCAAAUAAUUUACUAUUGGCUGAGACAAACAGGAAGAAGAGAUAUGAAUAGAGGAUGUAGCUUAAAAGGGAGGUGUAUCCUCUCAGGAAGAGCUUUCCUUCCUCGCCUUUCCACCAGCAUUUGUUCCAUGGCUUCCUCCCUUCAAACCACACCUUGUAAACCCUUUUAUGUCCUCUGUUCACAAAAAGAAUUUUCAUGUGUUGCUGCAUACUGGGUUUUAACUAAUAAAACACAUACAUACAAAGGACCAAGUGCUUGUUUACCCAGGAGGUGAACUUUUAUUCAGCCUUUAAGCUAGAAGUGAGUACAGUUAGGAUAUAUAGCAGGAGACAGUCACCAUAUGUUAGGUUGUAGGAAAGUGGAGCUGUAUUGUUUAUAGUUUACAACAUGUAUAAAAUUAAAUCUAGCAGGGGGCUCCCAGGGAGGUAAAUUAGAGAAAGGGAAGACAGAACUCUUUUUGCUAUAUUCUGAAAUGUUAAUGAGAAAACAAACAAAAAAAAUGUUUUUUAAUAGUUAUUUAAUAUUAACCCAUUUGUAGAAGUUGUGGCCUUUACAAUCCAUUUAAAAUCUAAAAUUAGAAAAGACAUUGAUGAUGGGGGGAACUAAAUUUUGCAAACUUACUGAAGGAAAAAAAAAAAAAAACCUU